CGGCUCGGACCGCCUAGGGCGGAGCUGCACGAGCGACGCGGCGAGCGGGGCGCUGCAGGCGGGCGCGGCUGCUGCUGCGAUGGGCUGGUGAUCUCGGCGGCUCCUGCUCGCGUUUCCCCCGGGCCGGGCGGCUGCCCCUCACCGUCCAGCCCCCAGCCAGGGCCAUGGGCUCGUCGGCGGCCGCGGCAGCUGCGGCGGCGGCGGCCGCGGACUCGGCGCAGUGGCUCUCGGUGAAGGAGGAGACCAUCUUCCUGCACGACGGGCUGAUCCGGGUCACCGACCUAGCCGAGCUGCCGAGCGAGAUCCUCGGGGCCCCGGAGGCCGCCGACACCGACUUGGAGAUUUUAACAUUUGAGACCAAGAACCCAACGGAAUUAGCUGAACGUUUGCGCUCUGUUUGUGGAAAUCAGAGCAAUGCCUAUGCCCGCCUGCUAGAAUACCGCCUGAAUGCCUUGCGAGGACUAUGGAAUGCCCAGCGCCAGCUGGCCUUGGAAGAACAGCAUGAGAGAGAAAGUUCGGGUGAUGAAGAAACAUUGGCUCUGCUCAAACGCCAGGGCUUGUUGCAGCAACCCGAGCAAGCUCCCUUCACAUCUCGGAUGGGGCUCCUGCUGGUCUUCCCCCUCAUUCAGUCCCAGAGCAGAACGGACCCCUCUCUUUGUAACAUAACUGCUGAGGUGCUAUUGAACUGCCUUCGCGACUGCCAGCCUUUGAGCCUGACCAAGGAGCCUGCUGACUGUCUCAAUGGAAUUGAAACUUUGCUGUGCUCUUGGCUAGAGGACACUUCUGACACAGGCCGACACAUCCCACAUAAACAAAAAGAAAAUGCUGCUGCUGCUCUGGUGGCUUUGGCAUGUGCCAGAGGCUCGUUGAAAACUUUUGUCCAUACGGUCCAUCUGUUACAGAAACAGACUGAUCUGGGGUCCUUGCCUGUAGCUGAUGUACUAUAUAGGCUGUUACUUUUGGAAGGGGGGCCUGGAUCCCCCUCCUGUUUGCUUGGUGGCAAACACAUAGUAUCAUGGGGGUAUGAAGACAUGUUACCUGCACCAGAUAGCAACACUGGCUCCAGUUCUGAAAAUAAAGAUGCUGACUUGGGGCGCUGUCUCACGGCAGAUGGUCUUUACCUGUAUACUACUAACUCAGUUGGAAGAGGAGUAAGCAAAUUGGGGUCUGGAUUACAUGGUACUCUCAGAGGUUUUGUGUACUGCCGGAAUGAGGAGCUGGAACCAGGAUGGGUUGCUUUUGGCAGUGGCAAUCUUCUCCACCGGCCUGUAUCUUUUGAUAAUAAGCCUCACUCCCUUUUCCAGGUCAUUGACCAGAAUACCCUUCAGGUGUGCCAGAUGGUCCCAAUGCCAGCCAAUCAUCUCCCUGUUGGCAGCACCCUGAGCACUGUGCACCUUUCUUCAGAUGGUACUUACUUCUACUGGAUCUGGUCCCCUGCCAGUCUGAAUGAGAAAACACCUAAGGGACAUUCUGUCUUCAUGGACAUUUUUGAGCUUGUGGUCGAAAAUGGUGUAUUUGUAGCUAAUCCACUUCAGGAACGCACAAUUCUAAUGAGAAAAGAAGGUGAAUCUGCCAAAAGCAUUAAUGAAAUGCUUCUGAGCAGACUUUCACGUUACAGAGCUUCCCCGUCUGCAACACUGGCUGCCCUUACUGGCUCCACCAUCUCCAACACACUGAAAGAAGACCAAGCAGCAAAUACUAGCUGUGGGCUACCUCUGAAAAUGCUUCGGAAGACGCCCAUCUAUACCUGUGGCACAUACUUGGUGAUGCUGGUCCCACCACCAGGGGGGUCAGGCAGCUCUGCCACCCGUUCUCUUUUUGGUGGAACAAGUGGUUUGUCAUCUUUAAAAAUCCUUGCCUCUAGCUUGGUAUAUAAUAUUUCGGAUGGUCAGUUCACAAGUCGUGCCGAUCUCAUAGAUGCUGCUGGAAGCUCACUGGGUCGUGGUGCUCUUGUACCAGGAUUGGGUGCCUGUUAUGAUACAGUGAACAACAUGCUGUGGACAUGCUCAAAUGAUUAUAUUGAUCAGUGGUGUAAUCCAGGGAACCAGGCCUUCCAUUAUGUCUGUCAGAGACUUGGAGUCAGCCACAUCAUCACUGAGCCCAAAGAAGAGGCUAUAACCACGAAUGAGGUUAUAAACCAAUUAUUGCACCACGUUGGUGCGAUGUGCAUACACCAACUCAAUCUUCUUGCUACUAACCCCAAUCUUCCAAUCACAAGUGUCUUGGGCAAGCAGCAUCCAAUUGAAGCACACCAUCUUAGCAGUAUUUGUGACAUUAUGGAGAAAGCCAUGGUUAAUGGAGACACCUGUAUUAUACGCUGUAUUCUCGUUGUCUUUCAGGUGGUAUUUAAAUUUUUCUUCAGCCCACAAACUGAAAGGAAUCGCGACAUCAUUCGACGGUCUGGAUUAUUGCUUUGGCAGUUGUUGAUGGCACCAAAAGAUCAAAUUUGCUCUGAAAUUCAGAAGGAAGUGUGUCUUGCCAUCAGCUCGGGUUUAAAUAUCUUAUACCCUGGUGAAACCGAAAUCAAUAACUUACUGAAGCUGGUCUUAACAGAAGGAGAGAGGAACAGCGGCCUCUCACAGCUGCGGGAUGUGAUCCUAACCAAUUUAGCUGAACAGCUUCAAAACAACCGAUUUGGCAGCGAGGAGGAUGAGCAUUACAGACUAAAUGAUGAACUUUUACACUACAUUCUGAAGAUUGUUGUACGGGAAUCCUGUAUCUUAAUCACCAAGUGCCAAACUGUCUCUAAAGAAGAUUUUCAAAAACUCCUUUCAACUGUGCCUGCUGCAUCCUCCUGCCUGCGCUAUCUGAUGGCAGUUCAGAACCACCUUCUCAGUAACACUAUUUUGAUUAAACCUGAUGAGAAUGAUGACAGUGACAACUCCUUGCAGGGAGAGACAUUGAAGGUACAGGAGCUAAAAGUCAGUAUUUUGGCUCUUGCCACCCAAAUCCUGACUGGAUGUGAUGAAGUGUUGGAAAUGCUACAACAGGUCACAACUGCCCUCAUAAAUAGUGACCUAGCUGACCGUGAGCAGAGGUUAAAGGGCUUGGAACAAGUUACUAAGGCUACUAUGCUUGGUCACCUUCUUCCAGUGUUACUGACUUCACUGAUGCAUCCAAAUUUACAGACUCUGACCAUGGCCGAUGCCCUGAUGCCUCAGCUAGUGCAGCUGGUCCUCUACACCAGUCAGACGGCUUUGCUGCUUAAAACCCAGUGUCCAGUUUUUGCCGAGGUGGGCUGUUCCCCAUGUGGUGCAUCAGACCAGAAGGGCAGGCUGUUCCCCGAUGAGAGGAUGCUGGAAGAAAAGGAAGAGCCAGGGUUUCUCACUGGUUUAAAGAUUCCUGCUCCAUGGGCUGCUGGCAAGACUGUGGAAACAGUCCACCCUGUCAGAGACAACUAUAAAUUUAAAGAAACUGUCCACAUUCCAGGAGCUCGCUGCUUGUACCUUAGAUUUGAUAGCAGAUGCUCUUCACAAUAUGACUAUGACAAAUCUAACAGUAUAUUUUCUGUUUUGAAGUUGGUGAUAUAUGCGGGGCCUAACACAAACAGUAGGAAGGUUGCUGAGUAUGGAGGCAACACACUGGGAUAUGGCAGCCGUAGUGUCUUAGGAACUGGCUGGCCCAAAGACUUGGUGAAGGUGGAAGGAGAUACAGUCACCUUCUCCUUUGAAAUGAGAAGUGGCCGUGAACACAACACUCCUGAUAAAGCUAUGUGGGGCUUUGCUUGCACAGUUCGCGCUCAGGAGUCAUCGGAGGACGUAUCUGGAGGCUUGCCCUUUCUGGUAGACCUGGCUUUAGGUCUGUCUGUGUUAGCUUGUUCCAUGUUGAGAAUCCUGUAUAAUGGACCAGAAAUUACCAAAGAAGAGGAAGCCUGUCAGGAGCUAUUGCGGUCCAAACUUUUACAAAGGUGCCAGUGGCAGGUGGAGGCCAAUGGUGUGAUCUCUCCUGCCCUGACUCCAAGCCCAUCUCCACUGCCACUGACCAUUGAGGAAGACAGAGAAUUCACCUACCCCUCUGAUGUUCUUGUGCCUCCUGUUGGAAACUACUUUGACUUGCCCCGGAUCAGGCUGCCUCCAGGAAUUAUGAUAAAGCUCAGGGAAAUUUCUGGGCGUGCUAGACCUCAAUUCAGACCAAGUAUAAAAGAGGUAAUUCAGCCAGAUGUGAUGGAGGAAAUGGUGGUAUCCUGUGUUAUUAAGCACUUGAACUUGGUUGAUGCACUGCAGUCUCUAAUAAAUUUCCAGUAUCAAGAAGAACAUGCAGAGGAAUAUGACUUACUAUGUAAAAUUAUGGGUGAGACCUUCAAGAAACUCAAUGCCAUGGAGAGACAGCUGCAGAGUGUUGCUGAAUUGGAACAGAAAUGGCAAAGCGAGGUUGAUGAUGCCAUGCAAGGGAAGCUGGAGAACAACAUGCCUUUCUUCUAUGAUUACCAUUUCAAUGAGAACAAAAUGAAAGAACUAGAACUUUUGUGUUCAAUGAAAGAAGUCUCCUUUGAUGGAAAUGAUCUUGAAAACAUGGUCCUAUCACUAAGGGAGAAGUUCCUGCAAGAAGUGAAUUCUCUCAUUCAGAAACCCUUGCACCCACUGGCUAAAACGAAGACGUUAGUGAAGAGUUUAAUGAAUCGAGCCGAGCUGUUGUUACAUGUCACCAUCGCGGCCCAGUCUGGCCUCACAAGAAGCAUCUCGGGGACCCCCGCGGAAACACCGGCUUGUAAAUCAGCUUCAGAAACAAAGGUGAUAUCUCAUGCUGUGCGGCAGCCUGUUUUUCUUCGCAGCAUGUCGGCUCCUUCUGACCUGGAAAUGAUUGGUAAUGAAGAUUUGGAAUUUACUAGAGCAAAUCAGAGGCGGCGCCAUGUGACCAGCCACCGCAGCAGCUCCUUUACUCUCCUGCAGUCAUUGGCCAUUGAGGAUAGCAGGGACAAGCCCACCUACAGUGUCCUGCUGGGGCAACUGUUUGCUUUCAUCGGCACUAACCCUGACCAAGCUGUGUCCAGCAGCAGCUUUCUUCUGGCUGCACAGACGAGGUGGCGGCGGGGAAAUACUCGAAAGCAGGCACUGGUGCACAUGCGGGAAUUGCUGACGGCUGCUGUGCGUGUCGGGGGCGUGACACACCUUGUGGGUCCAGUGACUAUGGUCCUUCAGGGAGGACCCAGAAUUGAAGAACUAACCUGUGGUGGGAUGGUCGAGCAGGUCCAGGAAGCCUUUGGCGAGACCAUGACCUCUGUUGUGUCUCUAUGUGCUCGUUACCCUAUUGCAUGUGCAAAUAGCAUCGGACUCUUAUGUACCAUACCUUAUACCAGGAGCGAAGAGAAGUGCCUGGUGCGCAGUGGCCUCGUUCAGCUCAUGGAUCGACUCUGUAGCUUGAGUAGUCAGACGGAAUCUAGCUCCAGUGAGAAGCAAACUAAGAAGCAGAAAGUGGCCACAAUGGCCUGGGCAGCUUUCCAGGUGCUUGCCAAUCGCUGUGUUGAGUGGGAAAAAGAAGAAGGUGGCUCCACAGAGGCAGUACACUCAGGUCUGGCCCGUCAGGUGUCCAGCCUUCUCACCAACCAUCUUGCCCGAGCAACUGAGUGCUGUGGCAACCAGGCUGCUGGGAAUGAUGCUCUCCAGGAUGUCCUUAGUCUUCUCAAUGAUCUCUCAAGGAGUCACAUAGGUAAAGCCAUCCUGAGCCAGCCAGCUUGUGUGUCCAAACUCCUCUCCCUGCUGCUUGACCAGCGCCCAUCUCCAAAGCUGGUCCUUAUCAUUCUUCAGCUGUGCCGGGCUGCGCUCCCGCUGAUGAGUGUAGAAGAUUGUGGGAAUGUGGAGCUCCCACCAUGGAGCUACUCUGUUCCUUCCCUAAACAGUGAGCAGGAGGAUCCCAGUGACCCAGCAUCCAAGAUCGCUUCAUUGCUCUUAGCAAAGCUGGCAGAUUACGUGGUCCCAGGAUGUCAGACAGUUCUUUCUCCAACUGCUUCUGAACCUGAUACUACAUUGACAAAAACCAGCCCCAAGAAUUCCUUAAAAGGAGACAAAGAUCCUGGAGAAGAGAGUGAAGCAGUGGAUGGCAAGCUGUCUAUCUUUAUCCAUAAGCGGGAAGACCAAUCAUCCCAUGAGGUUCUCCAGCCGCUACUAAGUGGAGAAACUGAGGCAGAGCUGAACCACAGACGCAGGCCUCUGACCACAGAGCCCAAGCUUUUAUCCACAACUCGUAGCUCAGAAGGACGGCCCUUCAGACUUGGCACUGGUGCCAACAUGGAGAAAGUUGUGAAAAUGGAUCGAGACAUGACAAAGGGCGGCUGUUGUGAGGUGAUUACAGAGGAGGCUGCAGCUGCUCUUCGAAAAGCAACCAAGUGGGCACAGUCUGGCCUCAUCGUCAGCAUUGGGCCGCCUGUAGAGUCUGUCAACCCAGAAACUGUGAGCGGACUGUCCACAGGUGACAAAAAGAAAACUGCCCAGACCUCCAUUUGCCGAGAGAGGAACUCUGAACUCGCAAGGACUGAUCCCGUCCGACCCUUCAUUAGUGGGCACGUGGCGAACAGCAUGGCCGCAGAAGUGAUCGCCUUGCUUCAUAGCUUGCUAAUGGCCCCCGAGUCAAAUGCUGCCCAAAUAUGGACCACAACAGCAGAAAAGGUUCUGUCUCGUGCGCUGAUGUACAUUCCACAGUUGGGGAAAUACGCAGAGAGCAUUCUGGAAAAUGGGAGCAGCAGUGGCAGGAAACUUGCCAAACUUCAGAGAAUCGCCCGCCAGGCUGUCGCUGCACUGUGUGCCCUUGGAGGCUUCAAAGAGACCAUCAAGAUAGGGUCUGAGGUUCAGGUUUUAGGUAGAGGAAUAUCAGGAAGCAUCGGAGUAGUGGCUUCUAUCAAUGAACAGGAAGGUAUAGCUACAGUCAGAUUCCCACCCAUAGACUGUAGAAAGACUUCGCAAGCAUCAGACACAUUGACUAUUCCAUUGUCUAGACUUUGUGUUCCGAGAUCGGAGGCACUGCCUCUUCAUAAACUGUCCAUUACUGAGAAGGUAGUACAGGCAGUCCAGUCCAUGUUGCUUCCUCAGGAGGGAAGUCUCUCUAUUCAUACCUCACUUCCUGCAACAGGAGAUGGGUCAGCUCCUGUGAUGGCAGUCGUUCGGCUCCUGGCUGAAAUAAGAACAAGAGCAUGCCUGGUCAUGGCCCAGCUUUUAGAAGACAGCUUAUUCUGUGAAGAAUUCAUACAACAGUGUCCAGCAGCUGUUGAAGUGCUCAACCUAGUGGCCCAGGAAUGCAGUGCUGGGGAGCGACUGGCAGUUGUGGAGGUGCAGUGUGAACGGCUGCGAAUGCUCUACCGUGACUGUGCUCGGCCGCCACCACCUCCGCUGCAGGCUGACCGGAGACAGCCCAAAGAGAUCACUUGGAGCCCCUCGCGAGUGUUCCCGCCUGUCCGAGCCUGCAUGUUCUCAUCGCAUCUUACUUCUGUCACCUUCCUGGCUGACCCCAGCGCUGGGGGUGGUCUUCCCCGGGGCACAUUUAUCUAUGCCACCUCGGCACUGCCAGUUCAGGCCCCAUCUUUUUACUGGGAAAUUGAAAUUGUUUCCUAUGGAGAUACUGAUGAUGACACUGGACCAAUAGUCUCCUUUGGCUUUGCCACAGAAGCAGAGAAACGAGAUGGGGCUUGGACCAAUCCAGUGGGCACUUGUCUUUUCCAUAACAAUGGCCGAGCUGUGCACUACAAUGGCUCCAGUUUAUUACAGUGGAAGAGCGUGCGCUUGGACGUGACUCUCUCUCCUGGUGACGUGGCAGGAAUUGGCUGGGAGAGAAGCGAGGGGACCCCACCUCCUCCAGGGCAGCCAGCCAAGGGCCGAGUGUACUUCACAUACUGUGGGCAGCGUCUGUCCCCAUAUCUUGAAGAUGUCUCUGGUGGGAUGUGGCCUGUGGUUCACAUUCAGAAGAAGAACACCAAGACUCGUGCUAACUUUGGCUCCCGCCCAUUCGCCUAUGCUGAAGGGCAGGCCCACCGUAACGCCGCCGACCUGUGCACCGAUCUGGCAGAAGAGAUCAGUGCUAACUUUGAGGCGCUGCCCUUUGCCAUGGCAUCCGAUAGUGACAACGACGCCGGCACCAGCAUUGCUUCAGACCCGGGCACUCAUGGGCCGCCUUGCCGCAUUGCUGCUGUGGCUACUGCUCAGCAACAAUAUGACAGUGACACUUCCUGUCAUUACAAAGUAGAACUCAGCUAUGAGAAUUUCAUAACCUCGGGCCCAGACCCCCACCCACCUCCCAUCGCAGACGACGAAAGUGAUGACGAGGACGAGGACGAUGUCCCCCAGGAGGACCACUACGCCCUGCUGGUGAAAGCAUGGGAGACCAAGGUGUUUCCUACUAUCCGAAGACGCUUCCGCAAUGAGGCAGAGCGGAAAUCGGGCCUGGACCAGAUAAAGGGUGCUUUACAACUAGGCAUGGUGGACAUUGCCCGACAGACAGUUGAAUUUCUCUACGAGGAGAAUGGUGGCAUCCCAAGAGACCUGUAUCUUCCUACCAUUGAAGACAUUAAAGACGAAGCGAACAAGUUCACAAUUGAUAAAGUUCGAAAAGGUCUCACCGUAGUAACCCGCUCUCCAGACAGCAACAAUGUAGCCAGCAGUACAGUGGGAACUGCUCUGCCAAAAUUCGCCAUCCGGGGGAUGCUAAAAACCUUUGGGCUUCAUGGAGUUGUCUUAGAUGUUGAUUCAGUAAACGAAUUGGUGCAGGUAGAAACAUACCUCCGAAGUGAAGGUGUACUGGUCCGAUACUGGUAUCCCAUUGAUAUGCUGGAAAGGCCCCCAGCAGGCUACCGAAGGACGGCCACCAACGGGCUGGUCACACUCGACAAUACCAACCUUCAAAUACACAGAGAGCUGCUUCGGUGCGAGGCGGCGCUGGCCAGGCUGUACUGCCGCAUGGCCCUGCUCAACAUCUUUGCCCCGAAGCUGCCACACUUGUUCACCCGCCUCUUUCACAUCCCUGCCAUCCGGGAUAUCACCCUGGAGCACCUGCAGCUGCUCUCCAAUCAGCUCCUGGCUCCUCCCCUCCCAGAUGGCACCAUCAGCUCCAGCUCCAUCCUCUUGGCACAGUCUCUGCACCAUUGCGUCCACUCCCAGAACUGCUCAGCCACAGACCUCUUCUACCAGGGCAGCUCCCAGACAGUAAGAGAGUGGCUCAAUGUGGCCAUCACCCGGACUCUGCAUCAGGGUGAGGAGAGCCUGUUGGAGCUGACGAAACAGAUCUGCUCCUUCCUCCAGACAGCACCUGAGCAGUUCCCCUCUGAAGAGUUCCCAAUUUCGGAGUCCAAAGUCAACAUGGAUGUUAAUUUCCCUGGGGCAGCUUUUGUUGUCGUGUCUUGCAAAGAAAGUCAGUCUGGAUUCCGUAAAGACUCCUCCCUGUACAAGGCGCCGUGGGCGCGGGUGCUCGUGUACGGGCUUGGCCACAAAGUCAAGCGAAACGGUCAGCUAAACCUGAUCGAGGCUGUCUGUUAUCCACGGGAUGCGUCUCCGGCCAACACUGGCCUUACACCGCCGCCUACCGCCAACCAGUACCCCUCUGUGAUCCUCUCCACAGACAAGGUCCACAUCAAACUGGGGGUGUCUCCACCUCCUGGAGCUGUGCUAGUGUUGCAUUCUCUGCCCCUGGAGUUCCCUCUGGCUAUGGCCUUCACGGAACAGCUGCUGUCCUGGAGGUCAGAGGAUGGUGAAGGGAGAUCCGAAGAUGAGCCUGACACCAUCCCCACAUCUGUCCUCCUGCAAGUUGUGGAGCUGCUGGGAAACUUCCUGUGGACCACAGACAUGGCGGCCUGCGUGAAGGAGCUUGUUUUCCAUCUCCUGGCGGAGCUGCUGCGCACAGUGCAUGCCCUGGAGCAGAGGAAGCACCCUGCUGGCCUGUCCUCCUCCAUUGCCCUCCAGCUGAACCCCUGUCUGGCCAUGCUGAUGGCUUUGCAGUCAGAGCUCCAUAAGCUAUACGAUGAGGAGACCCAGAGCUGGGUCUCGGGCAGCACAUGCGGAGGCUCAGGGUCAGCGGUGACCACCGACCAAGGCAGGUUCUCUACAUACUUUCACGCACUCAUGGAAGGUUGCCUGGCAGUGGCCGAAGUGACCCUGCCCACCAACAUGAGCGUCACAGCCAGCGGGGUGACCUCGACAACCACUCCAAAUCUCAGUGACUCCUCGUCCUCCUCAUCCUCCUCCCCGGGACAGACACCACAGAGCCCCAGCCUCCUGUCUAAGAGGAAGAAAGUCAAGAUGAAGCGGGAAAAGGCCUCGUCCUCUGGGAAACGCCAGUCUUCCCGCUCGGUGGAGUCAGACUCUGCCGUGCUCAGCAUUGGGGGCAGCAAGCCAGAGGACAUGCUGUGGUUUCAUCGAGCCCUCACCCUGCUCAUCAUUCUCCGACACCUCACCAGGAAGGACCCACAGGGGCUGGGUGUGACAAGCGAUGCCAUCGCUGACGCCUGCCAGGCGCUGGUAGGCCCCACUGCACACAGCCGCUUGCUGGUGAUCUCUGGAAUCCCCACCCACCUGGACGAGGGUGUCGUCAGGGGUGCUAUCCGUAAGGCCUGCAAUGCCCACGGUGGGGUCUUUAAAGAUGAGAUCUACAUCCCCCUGCAGGAUGAAGACCCCAAGAAGCCAAAGGAUAAGGCUGAGGGUGGUGAUGGAAAAGCUGAACCAGAGAAGACCCUUGGCUUCCCCAGCACGGACAGUUUGGAGGUCAGCACAUCCAGCAGCCUGACCCCUGCCAUGAGCAUCAGCGCAUCUGCUUCCACCAGCCAGGCCUCCAUCUGCAGCUCCCAGGGUAUCUCUCAGACAGUCAGUGACCUCUCUGUGGAUCCACUGCCCUCAGGCCUCGAGCCACCCAUCCCUCCUGGCUUAUUGGAGCCCCACGUGGUAUCCAGCCAGGAGAGUCUAGACAUCUCCCUAUGCAGCACUGGCAGCCUGGGGAGCCUGGGGAGCCUGGGGGAGCCACUGGACAAUGCAGAGACAGCCUCUGUGUCAGACAUGGGCUCCAUGUACACGGUCACAUCCCUGGACAACCAGCCCCUCGCAGCACGCCCCAUCAAAGGCUUCGCAGUCGUGGAGAUAAGAUCCCGAGCCAAAAUUGAGAAAAUUCGAGCAAGUUUAUUUAACAAUAAUGACUUGAUUGGUUUGUCAAGUUUGGAUGGUGAAGAUGAAUUGAUGGAGAUGUCAACAGAAGAGAUUCUCACUGUGUCUGUAGUAAAUCAGAGCCUGUUUGAUACUCAGGGGAGCCCAGGGUUAGAGGAUUACUUCAAUGAUAAGUCAAUUAAAGGUGAGAAGCUGGUGCCCGGUGCCAGAGAGGUGCUCACAGAGAUAUUUAAGAGCUGUGCCCAUUCAGAGCAGAUGCUGAGCCUUACACCAGCAAAGCCCAUCAAAGUGUCAGACAUUUAUCUUAGCAAAGAGCAGAUCAACUCCCAGACACCAGGCAACCUCCUCCACCUCUUCUUCACCAAUGUCCGGCCUCCCAAAAAGGUGCUGGAGGACCAGCUCACCCAGAUCCUGAGGAAAUAUGGCGUGCCAAAACCCAAGUUCGACAAGAGCAAGUACAGCAAAGGCGGGAAAGAGCAGCACCCCGUGAAAGUGGUGAGCACCAAGCGGCCCAUCACCAAGCCACCUGCCAAGGACAAGACUGUGCUCAACAGUGUCAGCAGGACUGCCUUAAGUGAGAAGAAGCCAACUGUGAAGCCAAAGUCCCCCGAAAAGAGCAAGCCAGAUGAGAAGGACCCAGAGAAGUCACCCACCAAAAAACAAGAAGUCCCUGAGGAGAAAUAUCUAACCUUGGAAGGAUUUCACAAGUUUGUUAUUGACCGAGCCAAGCAAGACAUCCGUAGUGUCUGGAGGGCAAUUUUAUCCUGUGGUUAUGACCUUCACUUUGAGAGGUGUGCCUGCAUCGACGUCCGACAUGCACACAAAGCAUCAAGGAAAUGGACCCUGGAGAUGGACGUGGCGCUCGUGCAGUAUGUCAACCGGCUGUGCCGCCACCUUGCCAUCACGCCCGCACGGCUCCACCCCCAUGAGGUGUAUCUGGAUCCUGCAGAUGCCGCCGACCCCAGAGUGGCCUGUCUCUUGAAUGUGCCCAUCGAGAGCCUGCGCCUGCGCUUCGCCCUGCUCCAGUCCCUGAACACCACGCUGGAGACCUUCUUCCUGCCCCUGGUGGAGCUGCGCCAGACACCCAUGUAUGCCCACAGCAUCGCAGCCCUGCUGAAGGAGGCCAAAGGGCUGAUCUUUUACGACACGAAGGUGACCGUCAUGAAUCGGGUCCUGAAUGCCACAGUGCAGAGGACGGCUGACCAUGCGGCCCCCGAGAUCACUCUGGACCCACUGGAAAUCGUGGGAGGGGAGAUCAGAGCUUCGGAAAACUCGUACUUCUGCCAGGCUGCCCGGCAGCUGGCCUCGGUGUCGUCAUCUCAGCUUUGCGUGAAGCUGGCUAGUGGUGGCGACCCCACCUAUGCCUUCAACAUCCGCUUUACUGGGGAGGAGGUCCACGGCACCAGUGGCUCUUUCAGGCACUUCCUGUGGCAGGUGUGUAAAGAGCUGCAGAGCUCCUCGCUGUCGCUUCUGCUGCUGUGCCCCAGCUCCGCUGUCAACAAGAACAAGGGCAAGUACAUCCUGACCCCUAGCCCCAUCACCUAUGGGGAGGAGCAGCUGCUGCACUUCCUGGGCCAGUUGCUGGGGAUUGCAAUUCGAGCAGAUGUCCCUCUUCCCCUGGACCUCCUGCCCUCCUUCUGGAAGACCUUGGUGGGGGAGCCCCUGGACCCUGAGCAAGACCUGCAGGAAGCAGACAUACUCACCUACAAUUACGUCAAGAAAUUUGAGAGUAUCAACGACGAGACUGAGCUAGAGGCCCUGUGUGCCGAGAUUGCCUCUCAGCACCUGGCCACCGAGAGCCCUGAGGGCCCCAACAAGCCAUGCUGCAGGUUUACCUACCUGACCAUGACGGGCGAGGAGGUGGAGCUGUGCAGCCGUGGCCGGCACAUCCCUGUGGCGUGGGAGAACAAGGACAUCUAUGCAGCAGCCAUCCGGAGCCUACGGCUGCGGGAGCUACAGAACGCUGAGUGUGUGACGGCCGUGAGAGCAGGCCUGGGCGCCAUCAUCCCCCUGCAGCUGCUCACAACACUCAGCCCGCUGGAGAUGGAGCUGCGUACCUGCGGCCUCCCUUAUAUCAAUCUUGAGUUCCUCAAGGCCCACACCAUGUACCAAGUGGGGCUGAUGGAGACGGAUCAGCACAUUGAGUUCUUCUGGGGGGCGCUAGAGACGUUUGCCCAGGAGGAGCUGUGCAAGUUUAUCAAGUUUGCCUGCAACCAGGAGCGCAUCCCAUUCACCUGCCCCUGCAAAGAUGGGGGCCCUGACACAGCCCACGUGCCCCCCUACCCCAUGAAGAUUGCCCCCCCAGAUGGCACAGCAGGUUCCCCAGACUCUCGCUACAUCCGAGUGGAGACCUGCAUGUUCAUGAUCAAACUUCCCCAGUACUCCUCUCUGGAAAUCAUGCUGGAGAAACUUCGUUGUGCCAUUCACUACCGUGAAGACCCCCUAAGUGGCUGAGGGAAGGGAGCCCCAGAGUGAAUCCGUCACUGAGGCACCACUCCGCCGGCUUGGGAAGCCUGCCACUGAGGGCACGUCUCUCCAGGCCCUACGUGAGGAGUUGGCGACAUUUUGCUUUUCUGAACUUCUGUCCACAUUCCAGGGCUUCCUGGAAGACUUAACCUUUUGUAUUUGUAUGUUUCGUGAUGGGUUGGUUCUUUUACUACCUGUUUGUGGUAUGUUUGUAGGAUAGCUUAGUUCCCAGGCAGCCUGUGUCUCAUUUGAUCUUCCUGGACAUUGUCUUUCAUGGCCACUGGAUUCUGAUGCUGAAAGGCCCCCCCCCCCCCCCCCCCCGUUAGUUCCACCCAGCAGGGAGUGGGGGGGGGGUGAGAUGCCAAUGGCCACACACAGCAUCCUGUUCUCUGCAGAGCAUCUUCACAACUAAGCCUGUGGCCCUGCCCUGGACGCAGCUCCUGCAGCCGUCCUUGCAUCUUAAGGUGGCCGGGUCAGUUACUCAGACAUGGGAGGCUUACACCGGGAAAGCUUCCCGUGUUAAUCUUCUGGCUCUGGAAUGUGGUUCAUCGGCUGUAUUUUUCUGAGGAAAAGCCCCCGGUGGUUCCCCCAUCCCUACUCCCCCCAGACAACUCUCAGCUGUCCCUUCUGGGCCUCUGGUCUGACAGUUCUCUGCUGCGUGUUCUCAGAAGCCCACAGGUCCAUCCUGACCCUAGCGCAUAGCCAGGCGUGUCUAGCUCCAGGAGCAGAGGGGGACACUGCAAGGAGGAGGGACAGUGCUCGAGUGGGGCCUUUUUCUGAGAUUCUGAACAGGAAAGCACAUAAUUCAAGCCAAACCCCCCGUUUUGUACUCAGAAGCAGCCCACCCUCACCAUAGUGUUUGUGAACGGGCCUCACCCCAUUUUAAAAAGAGCUGACUGAGGUGCUCUGCUCAAUUCAGGGUAAACUUCAGUGACUAAGACCUUCCAAGGCCCACUGUGGGAUCAUUCUGCCCCUUGGGCCAGACCCACCCCACACCCCCUUGCCACCCCGUGUGAGCGUGUGUGCCAGGGCUGAGCUGCUCCAGGCUCACCCACUGCCCCCAUUGCAUUCGUGCCCCAAACAGGUCUUUGUCCGAUGGUACUUUGUUCACAAGCAGCAUAUGCCAUCUUGUUGGACACUGUCAUUUCGGGCCCUGCCAGUUCUCAUGGAAUUGCAUCACUGUAUUUAUUGUAUAAUAUUGUGAAUACUGAAAGUUUGGAGUGCGUGCUGACUAGAAGGCUCUGGAGUGUGAAUGCUGGGGAGAGAAAGCUGUGCUUCUUUCUCUGCUGUGGCCCUGGCCUGUCAGAAAGAUGUAUGGAUUUUAGAGUUAGAGCCAUUAGGAUCCAUCUCCUCCCUCUUAUUCUUAGGAAAUGCAUCAAGGACCAUUAAUAGAAGUGAUUCCCCAACCUAAGGAAAAGCUAAAACCGGAUUAAUCCUUCUGGCUGCAUUGGUUACAUUUGAUGCAGGAGCAGUCCGGUAUGGAGGUGAGCGCCUGCAAGCAGUUUCCCUGCUUGAAAGGAAGAGGGUUGGCUGCUGCCUCCUAGCGGUGAGAGCCCCAUUGAGUGGGGGUCACACCAGGAUGUAGUCCUGACAAGGAUCCUCUUAUUUCUGCAUAACGAAAGAGCCUCUGGAUUAGAAGACGUGGUUCUUCCUCUCUGUAUUUUUACAUUCUUGGUCCCUUCCAAUCCUUCCCAUCCCUUGAAUGGACUCAGAAUUGUCAGCUACCUCCCCAAAGGGGGUUUGGGAAGCUUCUUUUGGCCCAUCACUUGGUGACAGCUGUGAGUGAGAUGCUGCUGCUAACAUGACUGCUUCUCCCAGAGAGCACAUUGAGAGGUCCAGACCGAUUCAAACCUUGGCCCUAAAAAAAAAAAAAAGAAAGAAAAAAAAAAAAAGAAAAAGUGUGCUGUAAAGUUAUUUGAUGUAUAUUUAUUAUAAUUAUUUAUGGUUGCAUUUAACAAAGUUUUCAUUCAGUUUGAUGCUAUUUACACCAUUGCUGUGUAAAGGAAGCUCACUACAGGAAAAAAGUCGCACCAAUAAAUAACCUUCAUCUAAUUUUGAUCUACCUGAAGAGUUGUGUGAUCAUCUACUCACUGAAAAGACUCAGAGGCUGACAGGCUUAGAUGGCUGUGCUACUGAAGUGCUGGCCAGUGUUUGGGAAUUUAGCCUCCGCACUUGAUGUGAUUCUUACUCCAUCAUGCUUACAAACUACCCCUUCCUCCCAUUUGACUCUUUGAGGCUGGUUUUCAGAUAGGAAGUGUGAUUGAAGGGAUGGAAACCAAAGUUGGAGCUAAACCUAACUGCAUGUUCUGUCCUCUGCUCAUAGUGGAGCUCCUGUAUAGCCUCUUAUGCCAGUGUGAGGAUUUUCCUCAAGUGGAUCAUUGCAUUGGAAGAGUCUAGGCCAUUCUUAGACCACAUAUCCUCCCUUGGGAGCUGGCAGUGAAUUUAUCUACUAUCUACUGUAUGGGAAAUGCAGAGACGAUAAAAAGACUUCGUGCUGCUUUCCUAAGAUCCAUGGUUCUGUCCUCUUGCACAACUGUCCCUUGCCACCCCCAAAGGGAACCCUGUGGUCUGCAUUCAGGAAAAUCCAGUCUCCUUGACCUGCUUAUCACCUCCUCCUGCUCCAUGGGAAUCCUCACACAGACCCACUUAAUUCUUCUUCCUUUGACCGUACCUUACUUGUACUUAAUAAAUGCUAACUUUUA